AUGAGUAAAUCUCACUUCUUCAGGCUGAGCAUCCUUCCUCCAUGGACACUGCAGAAAAAUCACAGUUUUGCGGUCAACCUCGUGUGCCAAAAUGGGGACAUCGCCUUUCACUUCAACCCACGUUUCAAUGAAGGCCGGGUUGUGGUCUGCAAUACAAAGCAAAAAGGUUCCUGGGGGCCCGAGGAGCGAACCCUUAACAUGCCCUUCCAGCCGGGCAUCUAUUUUGAGAUGAUCAUCCAUGUCCGGAGCCACUGCUACCAGGUCUCUCUCAAUGGCGCCCACUUUCUGGAGUACAGGCACCGUAUCCCCUUCCAUCUGGUCCAGAAUUUAGAGAUCAAUGGGGAUCUGUCUGUGAACUGCAUCAGCUUUUCUGGAACUAAUGCUCCUCCCCCUUACACCCCUCCUGCCUACAACAUCGUCACACCCACGGUUGCGGCUGGUGUGUUUUCUCAACCCUUCUUUGCACCACCCAUGAAUUCUAGAAGGAAGAAGAAGACUGCCCAGGGCUACGGCGGAGUAACGUUAUCCAAUCCUGCUGUCCCGUUGCAUGUGGCCAUCCCAGGAAACUUCACCCAGUCCCGCAAGAUUACAAUUGUGGGUAGUGUGCCCUUUGUGGCAAACAGAUUCCACGUCAACCUCAAAAACUCCAUGACCGGCAACAUCGCCUUGCAUAUCAACCCCCGGUUCAAAGAAGGAGCAAUUGUCCGAAACACCCAGAUCCACGGCUCAUGGGGUUCUGAGGAGAGGCACAUGACUGCCAUGCCUUUGUCCCCUGGCUGUGCCUUCCACAUGGAGAUCAUCAACCUAAAGCACAACUACACGGUGUCAAUCAAUGGGCUCAUGGUAUUUAACUACACCCACCGAAUCCCUCCGGGCCAGGUCGACCACCUGGAAAUCGCUGGUGACGUGAUCCUUUCUUCCGUACAGUACUGACAAGUCUCCAUCUUUUUAUGUAUCAUUUCUCAGUCAGGCCUUUUGGGGACAAUAAACAAGGAACGGGGUAUUUGUAGUGCCUUUUCUCACUUCCGGAUUAAUGCUGCUCCAGUUUAUGUGUCAAGCAAAUCAAGACUUCUCUUGUGAAUCUCCCGCAAGCAUUCUUGGGAAUAAAAGUGGCUGAAGAUCAUUGGAAAAGAAAUUUUAUUAGCCUCAUAAAACAUCUGCAGUGGCAUGGAACAUAUACACAGCGCCGUCUGCUGUUUAAAAGUGAUUUAAACUUGUAGAAUAAGCAUAACUGUAUGAGUCGUAGAUGAAAGUGAGACUUGGGAAAUUUUAUAAACCAGACAGCAAACCAUUAUUUGGAUGUCAAAUUAAGACUUGUGCACUUCUUUCCUGUACCCUCUUCGGACAGAAAUUUGUAUAAUUAUGUAACUUAUGCCUCAUCUGCCUCCGCAUGAUCAGUAAAAUAAAUCCCAGUUGAAAUAA